UCCUUACAUCUCAAAACCCUAUAAUCACGACCUCACCAUCCAGGUAAUGAAACAACAGUAACAACCACCACAAUGACAUGACGUAAUGAGUGAUAAUCACACACGAGGCGUCUCCAACCUCCUCUUCUGGUACAUAGUCCUCAGCCUAACGGGUGUAGCCUACGUCAUCCUCAACCUCAGUUACCACAGCGAGGAAAAAGAGUUCGAACACACGGGCUUCAACCUAGCAGGCAAUGAUACCAUUGCAGUGGAGGAACAAGGCCAGUUAGUUGAGGUGGAAUCCACCGAGCAGAAACCCUACUAUACCUUCAUAGUGUUCGUGAUAACAGCGCCAGAUCACACCCCGCACCGUGAAGUAAUCAGGAAGAAGAGCUGGGCGGGGUACCAGUGGCUGGAAGAUGAUGGGACUGAGAUAGACAGGUGGAAGUACGUGUUUGUAGUGGGUAAGACGGAGAGUGCAGAGACAAUGGGUAAGCUAGAGGCGGAGAUUGAGAUGUAUCAGGACAUGAUCAUGGCGGAUGAACUGGAUAGUUAUCAUAACCUUGUGUUGAAGGUCCUGUGGUUGUUGCAGUACUCUGUGGAUACUUAUAACUUUUCCUUUUUAGUCAAGACGGAUGAUGAUAGUUUCAUUAAUAUUAAGCUGCUGAACAGGUACCUCCACGAGCAGCUGAACAGUAAUUCGGGCGGUAAAAUGUUCUUUGGAGGCGCAAGAACGAACCGGCAGCCCGUUCUGCGGCGUGGCAGAUACGGUGUUGGUAAGGAACUGUGGGAUCCAGAUACAUAUCCUCCGUACUGCAGUGGCAGCGGGUAUGUGCUAUCAUUUGAUACUGUCCAGGAACUUAAGUCUGUGUGGGACACGGGGGUUCAACCUUUAUUUUAUGUAGAGGACGCGUUUAUGGGGACCCUGGCCUAUCAUUCAGGGAAAAUAGAAGUGUCUACCAUCAGGGGGUUUUAUUGGCAUCAGAAAUAUGGGUGUAGUAAUAAGCAGGCCCUGCUGAUGCACUACGUUAAGCUUGACCAAAUGGAGGAGUUUAUGGAAAAGUAUGAACAGGGGGUAGCUUAUUGUUAGCGUUUAGUUAGAGCUACAUCUGGUAGAGUUUUUAUUUUAGAUUUUAGAGAGAGUUAUAGAAUGUUAAAAACGUUUUACUUAAUCAUGUUCACCAACACCACUCACCAAUUAUUGUUGUUCUCUUUUUUUUCAAAUAUACAUAUUUGUAUAUAUAUAAUAUACAAAUAUGUAUAUUUGAAAAAAUAUAUAUAUACGUAUAUUGUAUAUUACACUAGUUGUGUUUUUACCGAACUUUAAUAUCAGUUUCAUGAACUUGUUUUGCGCCUUUUUAUCUUGGAUUUGUAUUUUUCUAAUACGAUCUUAUUAAAAUAUCUGUUGUUCUUGAACAGUGAACAUGGCGCAUAAAUGCUUUGGCCAAUCGUGACUAUUUUGUUAAUGCUAUAUUAUUAAUAUUAAUUGGGUUACUUUACUUCACAUAAAAAUUAACUUAUUUAUAUCUCCAGUUUUUGAUCUCACUGAUUCCUAUUAAUUGUUCAAGAUAAAGUAGAUGAUCAGAUGUUGACCGG